UUUUUUAAACAAUUAUGCUGCGGAGCACAUUAUUCGCACACCGAGGUUCCGGGAGCGUUAGGUAGUCUGUGAUCAGGCAUAACGUUCGGCGCCUCAGCGGAAAAGCGGGCCUCUGGGCCGCAGUGACCAACCCCCGCCCUUCACCCCACGUGGUUGGAGGUUUCCAGAAGCGGUCCCGCCACCGUGCUGCGCAGCUCCGAGCCUGCGGGGUGCUUGUGUAGUGCUUCGUACUCCCUCCGUCCAGCCGCCAUGAUAAGCGCCAGCCGAGCCGCAGCAGCCCGUCUCGUGGGCGCCGCGGCCUCUCGGGGACCCACGGCCGCCCGCCACCAGGAUGGCUGGAAUGGACUUAGUCAUGAGGCUUUUAGAUUUGUUUCAAGGAGGGAUUAUGCAUCAGAAGCAAUCAAGGGUGCAGUUGUUGGUAUUGAUUUGGGUACUACCAACUCCUGUGUGGCAGUUAUGGAAGGCAAACAAGCAAAGGUGCUAGAGAAUGCCGAAGGUGCCAGAACCACGCCUUCCGUUGUUGCCUUUACAGCAGAUGGUGAACGCCUUGUUGGCAUGCCAGCAAAGCGACAGGCUGUCACCAACCCAAACAAUACUUUCUAUGCUACCAAGCGUCUAAUUGGCCGGCGCUAUGAUGAUCCUGAAGUACAGAAAGACAUUAAGAAUGUUCCCUUUAAAAUUGUUCGUGCCUCCAAUGGUGAUGCCUGGGUUGAGGCUCAUGGAAAACUUUAUUCUCCAAGUCAAAUUGGAGCAUUUGUGUUGAUGAAGAUGAAAGAAACUGCAGAAAAUUACUUGGGACACACAGCAAAAAAUGCUGUGAUCACAGUUCCUGCUUAUUUCAAUGACUCACAGAGACAGGCCACUAAGGAUGCUGGCCAAAUAUCUGGACUAAAUGUGCUUCGGGUGAUUAAUGAACCCACAGCUGCUGCUCUGGCUUAUGGGCUAGACAAAUCUGAAGAUAAAGUCAUUGCUGUAUAUGAUUUAGGUGGUGGAACUUUUGAUAUUUCUAUCCUGGAAAUUCAGAAAGGAGUAUUUGAAGUGAAAUCCACCAAUGGGGACACUUUCUUAGGUGGUGAAGAUUUUGACCAGGCCUUGUUACGACACAUUGUGAAGGAAUUCAAGAGAGAGACAGGGGUUGAUUUGACCAAAGAUAACAUGGCACUUCAAAGGGUGCGGGAAGCUGCUGAGAAGGCUAAGUGUGAACUCUCUUCGUCUGUGCAGACUGACAUCAACUUGCCAUAUCUUACAAUGGAUGCUUCUGGACCCAAGCAUUUGAAUAUGAAGCUAACCCGGGCUCAGUUUGAGGGGAUUGUCACUGAUCUUAUUAAGAGGACUAUUGCUCCAUGCCAGAAAGCUAUGCAAGAUGCAGAAGUCAGCAAGAGUGAUAUAGGAGAAGUGAUUCUUGUUGGUGGCAUGACUAGGAUGCCCAAGGUUCAGCAGACUGUACAAGAACUAUUUGGCAGAGCCCCAAGUAAAGCUGUUAAUCCUGAUGAGGCUGUGGCCAUUGGAGCUGCCAUUCAGGGAGGUGUAUUGGCUGGUGAUGUUACAGAUGUGCUGCUACUGGAUGUCACUCCCCUGUCUCUGGGUAUUGAGACUCUGGGAGGUGUCUUUACCAAACUUAUUAACAGGAAUACCACUAUUCCAACCAAGAAGAGCCAGGUGUUUUCUACUGCUGCUGAUGGACAAACUCAAGUAGAGAUUAAAGUAUGUCAGGGUGAGAGAGAGAUGGCUGGAGACAACAAACUUCUUGGACAGUUUACUUUGAUUGGAAUUCCUCCAGCUCCUCGUGGAGUCCCUCAGAUUGAAGUUACAUUUGACAUUGAUGCUAAUGGGAUUGUACAUGUUUCUGCCAAAGAUAAGGGCACAGGACGUGAACAGCAGAUUGUAAUCCAGUCUUCUGGUGGGUUAAGCAAAGAUGAUAUUGAAAAUAUGGUUAAAAAUGCAGAGAAGUAUGCUGAGGAAGACCGGCGAAAGAAGGAACAAGUUGAAGCAGUUAAUAUGGCUGAAGGAAUUAUUCAUGACACAGAAACCAAGAUGGAAGAAUUCAAAGACCAAUUGCCUGCUGAUGAGUGCAACAAGUUAAAAGAAGAGAUUUCCAAAAUGAGGGAGCUCCUGGCUCGAAAAGAGAAUGAAACAGGAGAAAACAUUAGGCAGGCAGCAUCCUCCCUUCAGCAAGCAUCAUUGAAGCUGUUCGAAAUGGCAUAUAAGAAGAUGGCAUCUGAGCGAGAAGGUUCUGGAAGUUCUAGCACUGGGGAACAAAAGGAAGAUCAAAAGGAGGAAAAACAGUAAUAGCUGGAGUAUAUUUUGGAGCAGAAAGGACAGCAUACUAUGAAGCUUGGGAGUAAAGGGACUUCUGAGCAGAAUGGGCAAACUUCAACCUUUUUACUGUGUUUUUGCAGUAUUCUAUAUAUAAUUUCCUUAAUGUGUAAUCUUAGUGACAAUUAGCUAAUGAUCACAUAAUGGGCGAUGAAUCCAACAGUAGAAAGUUCACAACAUUCUGUCCCUAGCUUGUCAUUUUUCAGCGGCAUAUAAGGGGUGGGGGAAGGAUUUAUUGGUCAUUAUAAAAAUGUACCUUUGGUUUGUGGUGAAGUGGCCAUAUUUUUAAGGGGUAAAGUCAUUUCACAUGCACUGAAGGUAGUCUGCCGUGGAUCUGGAAUGAGACUGGAGAUGAAAAAUUCCUUCUAGUUCUCCAAGAUUCUCUAUAAUGAACAGCUUGCAUGCAAAUGUCCUUCAACUGAGACCUCACAAGGCAGGCCAGCCAACUGUGCCAUGUUUGUGGUUGCAGAAGCUGUCAAUGGAAAAUUAAGCUAGCUAUUUAUGUUAGGUAUAGCUAUUAAAAUAAGGUAGUGAUGAAGUCCUAAAUGUUUCUAAGGCAUAGUUUUCUAGCUAUUUUCUUGGACUGUGUCUCGCACCUACAUCCUUGAUCAUUAUUUUAAUCCAUCAUGGAUUUUUUUUUUUAAUUAAAUAUGAAAAGCAUUUUGAUCUCUUUAUGAUUGGUAGCUUUAGGACCAUACUUUCUAUAUUUUCAAGAGGGGAAAUAAACAGGAUUUUAUAACUGGCUAAAAAUAGAAACAUUUAAGAUUUGGAAGGACUGACAUAAAAUAGUAAUAAACAUCAGCAUAGGCAAACCUAUGUUAGGUUUUUUUAGAUUUCUACCUGAAAACUAGGUCUGUAUUUUCAGGAUGCUUUCAGCUUUAACUAGCAAAAAAAAAAAAAAAAA